UUUCAAUUUCACAACUAUUGACCAAAAAUCCUCUCUCAGUUUUGGCCAUGGAACUUGUGCAAUCGGACCCAACCCAAGAUCCGGAAACCCGGUACGAUCCACGUUGCUGCUCAUGUUUCCCCAGCUUCCGGUCUAGAAGCUCCACCGCCGUUGGAUACUCCUCCUGGGGACGAAUCCGCACCGUCGAUGAUAAUCAAAGCGGCGACCACGGAGACGAGCCACGGUGGUGGAAACGGGCGGCUCUGAAGAUCCGAGAGUGGUCUGAAAUCGUAGCUGGUCCACGGUGGAAGACUUUCAUACGGCGAUUCAAUCGCGAUCCACGGCGCGGUCGCGAUUGGGACGCAAGCGAGAAAUUCCAAUACGAUCCUUUGAGUUACUCGCUAAAUUUCGACGACGACGACGAAGACGAAUACGUCGGGUUGGGCGGAUUCCGAAGCUUCUCCACUCGCUACGCUUCUGUUCCGGUCUCCUCAGCUAAACCCCCGGCGAUUUCGCCGCCGUCUUCGUCUGCGUUGACGCCGCGAAACGAGAUAUUGGAAAGUUAGUGGGCGCGUGUACGAACGCGUUUGCGUUACUGGCGGCGGCGGCGGAAAGGCUGUCAAGUGGUUGACUGUUUACGUUUUGGGGGGUCUGUCGCGUUAAUUGCGUUUCCUCUUUAUUCUGUUUAUAAUUAAAAUACGACUAUCAACUUUGAAUUAUUAUUUAUUUAUCAUCAUCGAUUUUUUUCUCUUUCAAAGACGUUUUCUGGCAAUAUUUUGUUUCAUUUUUGGGGGAUAUUAUAAUUUUGAAAUUGCUGAUAUGUAUAAUGAUGUAAAUUAGCUGUACAGCAUGUGUGGAAGCUAGGAUUUAAGUUAAUCAUUUGAUUUAAAACAAUUAAUUAUAUAUUUAGUUG